UUGAGGAUUCGUUUCGGUCACAUAACGAAACUACAUUUUUCAACUUUCACCACGGCGAGACAAAUUCGACGUUGUAAAGAUGCUGACCAUGUCGACUCUGAUGAUGCCUACAACAAUGACCACUAUGACGAAUCCGGGUCCGAUACCUGCACACAGCGUGCCGCAAAAGAUGGAACCACCUAAGUUGACUGCAGCAGCUACGCUCACCCAUACGCCAACACCGGCCAAUAAAUCAGAACAUUAUCACAUAUUUGUUGGAGACCUGAGUCCGGAAAUCGAGACACAUACCUUAAGGGAAGCUUUCUCAGCCUUCGGAGAGAUCUCAGAUUGCAGAGUUGUCAGAGAUCCCCAAACUUUAAAAUCUAAGGGAUAUGGAUUUGUUUCGUUCGUCAAAAAAGCGGAAGCAGAAAGUGCGAUCGGCAACAUGAACGGCCAAUGGCUAGGUGGCAGAAGUAUUCGGACAAAUUGGGCCACUCGCAAACCUCCCGCACCUAAAUCUGAAGCGAAUGCAAAGCCGUUGACGUUCGAUGAAGUUUACAAUCAAAGUAGUCCGACCAACUGCACGGUAUACUGCGGCGGUUUGACCAAUGGUUUAACAGAAGAACUCAUGCAGAAAACUUUCUCACCCUUCGGAUCCAUCCAAGAAAUUCGAGUAUUUAAGGACAAAGGUUAUGCUUUUAUCAGGUUUUCUACCAAGGAGUCGGCUACGCACGCUAUCGUAGCAGUACACAACACAGACAUCAACGGCCAAACGGUGAAAUGCAGUUGGGGCAAGGAGAGUGGAGAUCCUAAUAAUGCUCAACAAACUGGACAGGCGUUAUCGUCGGCGACGUACCCAUACUACGCGGCGGCGGCAGCUGCCGCCGCGGCGGCGGCGGGCGUCGCGGGUGUCGGAGGCGUCGGUGGCGUCGGCGGUGCUGGACAACUAGGAUACUGGUAUCCGCCCCAAUCUUAUCCCACGACAGCGACACAAAUGCAAGCUGGUGGCUUUCUUCAAGGCAUGCAGGGAUAUACCUAUGGACAGUUCGCCGGAUAUCAACAGGCGCAAUAUAUGGGAAUGGGAAUGGGUGCUGUUCAUGCUGCUGGCACAGCGGCAGGAUGGGGUCAGGGAUUACCUGGGGGACCACAGUUACCACCACACCACGCCACGACGGUCACGGCACCCCCAGGGGUGCAAGCCGCACCCCCGCCACCACCGCCACCGGCACAAAUGAUGGCCUACCCGAUGCAACAGUUCCAGUAUUUUCAACACAUACAUUAUUAUAUCACGAUAGAAAACAACGCAUUCAUAAAUUCGGAAAUGGAGGGUAAAUCGGCUCGAGGUUAA